AUGGGGAUUGACUCUGGAGUUAAUGUUUCAGAUGAUGUUUCACCUUACGCGGGUGAAAGUGCCUUUACCCAACUGGAGCACAACAUAGUGGCUGGAUAUCUAAUCACUGCAGGUGUCAUCAGUUUAAUGAGCAACAUUGUGGUUCUGCUGAUGUUUGUGAAGUUUAAGGAGCUCCGCACUGCCACCAACUUCAUCAUAAUCAACCUGGCCUUCACUGACAUCGGGGUGGCUGGUAUCGGUUAUCCCAUGUCAGCUGCUUCGGACAUCCAUGGCAGCUGGAAAUUUGGCUACACUGGUUGUCAGAUAUAUGCAGCUCUCAACAUCUUCUUUGGCAUGGCCAGUAUCGGCCUGCUGACUGUGGUGGCCAUUGACCGCUACCUCACCAUAUGCAGACCAGACAUAGGACAGAAAAUGACAGUGCGAUCAUACAACCUUCUUAUUCUGGCAGCAUGGCUUAAUGCUGUGUUCUGGUCCUCCAUGCCGAUAGUAGGCUGGGCUGGAUAUGCUCCUGACCCCACCGGAGCUACAUGCACCAUCAACUGGAGGCAGAAUGAUGCAUCCUUCAUUUCUUACACAAUGGCAGUGAUUGCUGUAAACUUUGUGUUGCCCCUGACGGUCAUGUUUUACUGCUAUUACAACGUGUCAGCCACUGCGAGGAGAUAUAAAGCCAGCAACUGCCUGGACAGCAUCAACGUGGACUGGUCGGACCAGAUGGAUGUAACUAAGAUGUCCAUAGUGAUGAUCAUCAUGUUCCUGGUUGCCUGGUCUCCGUACUCCAUGGUGUGUCUCUGGGCAUCGUUCGGUGACCCCAAGACGAUCCCUGCCCCCAUGGCUAUCAUCGCUCCGCUCUUUGCCAAGUCCUCCACUUUUUACAACCCCUGCAUUUAUGUCAUUGCCAACAAAAAGUUCAGAAGGGCCAUCAUAGGGAUGAUUCGAUGUCAAACAAGGCAGCGGAUCACCAUCAAUACCCAGGUUCCCAUGACAACGUCUCAACAACCUCUGACCAACUGA